AUGUCUUACACCAAGCUUAUCCUCAUCUCCGCCAUCAUGGCCUGUGUCGAAGCCCGCUUCGGCCAGGAGCAGGCUCCCGUGGCCGCCGUCCAGUCUCUCCAGGCUGGCUCCCCCGGUGAAGCCGCCACUCUGGCUGGAGGCGUCCCCGGCGUCCUUCUCGCUGCUGCCGACCCUUGCGCCAAGCUCCAGCUCGCUGACAAGAUCGCCGCCCUCGGCACUGGCAACGACGUUCUCGAGGCCGCCAAGGGCGUCGUCGCCGCCGAGCAGAACUUCAACCCCUUCGCCGUUAGCACCCCCUCCAUCUGCGGCGACGCCUCUCUCCCCGCCACCGAGGCCCUCCGCGGCAUCGUGCCCAAGGUUGACCCGGCCGUCGUCGGCGCUGACACCGAGAACGCCAACUCGGCCACCUCGCUGACCACCCCCUUCGACGCCACCGGCCUCUCCGUCGCCGAGGUCAUGCAGGCUCAGGGCUUCUCCAACUUCACCAUCAAGGGCCAGGCUGCUGGCGGUGCCACUGGAGGCAAUGCCAACACCGGCAGCAACAACAACAACGCCGGCAACAACAACGCCAACACCGGCAACAACAACAACAACAACAACAACAACAACAACGCCGCCGACAACGCCGCCGACAACGCUGCUGACGACUGUGGUGGCGCUGCUACUGGCGGAGCCGCCGACAACGCAAACGCCAACACCGGCAACCAGACCAGCAACGCCGGCAACCAGAACAACAACAACAACCAGAACAACAACCAGAACAACAACAACAACGCCGGGAACAACGCUGACGCCAACGCCGACACCGGCGCCGCUGACUUCGGUACCUGCACUCCCACCAUGGACUUCCAGCUCGGCCGUCCAGGCCGCAAGGCGACCGAGGGUACCUUCCUUCCCACCGACCCCGUCGUCGCCAAGGGACAGCAGGACGCCCUGAACCCCAACAUCAUCACCAACCGCAUCUGCGACCAGCUCACCAACGUCUGCAACGCUAACGCCGCUGCCAAGACGCUCUGCAAGGACGCCCAGGCCCAGGUUGCCGCCUCCGGCGACAAGAGCGCUGCUGUCGCCGACACCUUCAACAAGCUCCUCGGUUUCUAA